ACACCAAAACAACAAGUCAACAUGCCUCGUGCUCCAAACACUUACUCCAAGACUUACUCUGUCCCAAAGAGACCUUACGAAUCUGCUCGUUUAGAUGCUGAAUUAAAGUUAGCCGGUGAAUACGGUUUAAAGAACAAGAGAGAAAUCUACAGAAUUGGUUUCCAAUUAUCUAAGAUCAGAAGAGCUGCUCGUGAUUUAUUAACCAGAGAUGAAAAGGACCCAAAGAGAUUAUUCGAAGGUAAUGCUUUAAUUAGAAGAUUAGUUAGAGUUGGUGUCUUAUCCGAAGACAAGAUGAAAUUAGAUUAUGUCUUAGCUUUAAGAGUCGAAGAUUUCUUAGAAAGAAGAUUACAAACCCAAGUUUUCAAAUUAGGUUUAGCUAGAUCUAUUCACCACGCCAGAGUUUUAAUCACUCAAAGACACAUUGCUGUUGGUAAACAAAUUGUCAACAUUCCAUCUUUCACUGUCAGAUUAGACUCUCAAAAACACAUUGACUUUGCCCACAACUCCCCAUACGGUGGUGGUAGAGCUGGUAGAGUUAAGAGAAGAAACCAAAACAAGGGUGGUGAAGAAGGUGCUGAAGACGAAGAAUAAGCGAUUUAGGCUAAAUUCAUACAUUAAUUUAAUCUCUUGUUUAUAUCUUUAUCUUUCUUAUAUCACACUUAUUUAAUAUAUUGGUUUUUCCUUUAUUUCCAUCAAUUUUACUUCUUUAUUUCUUUAUGUAAAUUAUUAUAAUAUAUCAUUUAAUCGAAUUAUACUAUUAAACCUAACUGACUAACCAUUUCAUUCAUUGUAUAUGUUUAUAGGUAAUUUUGCAAUC